UAAUUAUUGUCCAUUUCUAUGGAUUCAUCAAAUGCUUCACUCCAUCAUCUUUCUUUCUUUGAACUAUCCACCAAUUUCGUAUCAGAAAAAUUCAUCUGGCCAAAAGAAGAAAACCAUAAUGCAAACCAAGAAGAAGACCUUGACGAACCCAUAGUUGAUCUUGAGGGUUUCUUCAACGGCGAGGACGAUGAAGCCCGGCAAACGGCCGAGCUCGUUAGAUCAGCCUGUCUAAGCCAUGGUUUGUUCCAAGUGAUCAAUCAUGGGGUUGAUCUAGAGCUCAUAAAGCUGGUGCAUGAUCACGUAAAACAUUUCUUUAAGCUUCCCAUUCAUGAGAAAAUGAGGGUUGGAAGAAGUACUGAUCAUAGCUUUUGGGGCUAUUCGUUUGCCCAUGCAGACCGUUUCAGUUUGAAAUUACCAUGGAAGGAAACUAUCUCCUGCUGCUUCCAUGAAAGUGGCCCUGACGAUCCUCAGGCAGCUCACGUGUUUUUCAAAUCAGCUUUUGGACAAGAAUUUGAACACAUAGGAUGGAUUUUUGAGGAGUACUGCAAGGCCAUGAAGAGAUUGUCUCUUGGCAUAAUAGAUAUAUUGGGGAUGAGUUUGGGAGUGGAUGAAUCACACUUGAAAGAGUAUUUCCAAGAAGGUAGCUCCAUAAUGAGAUGCAAUUUCUACCCUCCAUGCCAAGAACCAGGGCUAGCCCUUGGCACUGGACCUCACUGUGAUCCAACUGCUCUCACAAUCCUUCAUCAAGAUCAAGUCGGAGGUCUCCAGGUUUUUGCCGACCACAAAUGGAAGUCCGUCAGGCCGAGACACGAUGCCUUAGUUGUCAGUCUUGGGGACACUUUCGCAUUAACGAAUGGAGUGUACAAGAGCUGUGGGCACAGGGCAGUGGUGAAUAAAUGGAAGGAGAGGGUAUCAUUGGUGUUUUUCUUGUGUCCAAGAGAAGACAAAAUCAUUGUACCUCCAGAAAAUCUUGUAAGCUCAGAGAAGGGAAGAGAGUACCCAGAUUUCACAUGGUCCGAAUUCCUUGGCUUCACACAAAAACAUUACAGGGUCGACCUUGCUACCCUCCAAAAUUUCACUAAAUGGCUCAUCUCCCACCAAACAACAUAAUAUAUAUAUAUAUAUAUAUAUAUAUAUUUCUACGUUUUUUCUUUUAUCUUCUUCCCUCCAAUAAUAUGCCCUACUCUAGUACUACUGUAUCAAUAGUAUCUCACUACUUUGUGGGGGUGUCGUAUUUACUGCAAUUUUUAAUGAUUUCUGAUGUGGUCGGUUUGAAAAUUAGAAUCUUGAGGCUUCAGAAUUCGAGUUUCACUCAACUAUGAACAUUUGUCUACUUUAA